AUGCAGGAUCGACACUCUCAAUAUUCAUCUUCGUCUCAGCUUUCCACCGGAACGCAGUUUGGAACCCAGAAUAGUGGAAAUAAGGUUAGCAUUGAUACCUUCGUGGAUAAAUUCAUUGAACAUGGGAAAAAGUUAGCAUCGAAACGAAAAAGUGGACAAGAAGAGACAUUUGUCGCUAAUAUCAAGGUUGUCGUGCGACAGGUUGCCGAUGAACGUCGUCAAGGUCGUGUGUUUAAUUUUCUUCGAUCAACGGUCGGUAAGGAUAAAGCAGCAAAGCUCACGGAUUUUUAUAGUUCAUGGUGUCAGCUGACGUCUCUUCUUGAUGAAGAAGAUCGUGUAUCAUGUCGGAUAGCAGGUCUUCGUCUAGCACUUGAGGUGCUCAGCACAAAACCAGUCAUUUGUCUAUAUGUGUCAACUCUAUAUGACGAGUUUGUCAAGCAGAUACAACUUUGUGACAGUGAACAAAUUCUACCGUUGUUAGAAACGCAUAGUGGAAGUUUAGCAGUCCCCAGUCUUUCGAAUCGAAGUUUAUCCAUGGAUGAUAUAAUAGAGAAGUAUCUGGAUGAACGUGCUCUAGAGGAUCUUCUAGAUGUUGAGCAACGUCCAGCAGUGACAUCAAAAUGCGUCAAUUUGCUUCGAGUUCUUAACAACAAAAGGUUGUUGCGGGUGCUAAGAGAAGUGAUUUUGGCUUGGCUCAAGAAACGUGGUGUUGCACCUGUUGUCGGCUUGAUGUCAUGUGUCCAUGAGAUGGCCAAAGUGGCACGGGAUCAUCAAAAUAGUGAACCUGGGUUGGUAAUGUGCAGCGAAUUUGGGUUUCUGUUGGCGUUCGCUCUUUGCAAAAUUGAUAGAUAUAAGACUUCGAUGCUACUGGAACUGACGAAGACGUUCCAGAAAUUGUGGACUUUCCGAGAAAAUGUUCAUGAGUUCGGCUGGAUUGAAAACAGUGGCCUUGGUGAAGUGGUGGACAUCGUUGAGGACCAGGGAAAUCUUUUGGAUUUACGCCAUGCGAACACUGUAGUUCCAAUUUUAAUGCUUAUUUUUCGUAGCUUCAGCAAACAACCAAAGGUUAUCGCCGGCUCCCAAUUGUCACAGUCAUUCGCAACGUUUUCCUCUCAGAGUUUACAAGCGAUGGGAUGUAAACGCAAGACGGAUGAGACAGUUUGCUUGGAAGUGAUUGGGCUGCUCAAACGAUGUCUAACUCAGUGGACUCCCACUAAGACGGCCGUCUAUCUUGGUUUUGCUGAAGAGGGUAAAAGAAACUCUCCGAUGGCUGGACAGUGCUUAGAUUUCCUGGUUUCUCAUGCAGCUACAGCUCCUGAGUGGAAAGCGGAAACAAUGUGCUUGACGGCUGGUGGUGUGGUAACAUUGGUGGAGCCUCUACCGCAUUUGAUCCAGGCUAUUCAGUGUCUUCUUAGCGAAGAAGUUGUCGCCGAUGUAGCACCAGUCAAGACACAAAUCGGGGUCAAUGUUCAGAAGAACGCUAAUGACCUCAUAGACUCAUGGGUCCUAAAGGCGAGCAACGAGGAUGUGCACGAUUUAGGUGUCGAUAAGUUGUCGGAAUGGAAUCCGGCAACUGCACGCGGUUGUGCGAACAUGCUGUUCGCUCAUAUGAUGCUGAAUGUAUAUGAUGUACUCAUCGAACAUGAGUGGAGCAGGUUUCAUGAAAAUCAGAGAGAGUCAUCUUCGAUUGAGGCAUUGAACGAGUUGCGCUCUGAUCUGCUAGAUUGGGCAAUCGACCGUAUGCUUUCCUUGUCGAAGUCUUUACUCCAUGGUUUUCAUCCACUUCAUUCCGUUUUUUGUGGAACAAGCACGUUGACCUACUCGGCAGGGUUCCUUCUUGAUUACUACACCAGUACGAACUGCGCGGAUUGGAUUGAGUCUCGCGAGCUGGCAGAUCCGAGCAAAACGAGGGCUCUGGAGGCAUAUGCGAAUAUUUUACUAUAUCUGUCAGCUAAAUAUCGAAGUCAACCAAUAAAAGUGAUUCCUAUCUGGAAGCGUUCAGACCUGAAUGCAACAUUGGCAAGAGGUGAUGAGAAAACUUUAACCACAAAUGGCAGCCUUGUUCGCCACUGUCAUUUGUUUGUAACUAAACUUCUUCCGGCCAUACUAGCAGUGGAUCGCAGGGAAGGCGAGGAGAGGAGACGCAUUAGUGUGGAAUUAGAACGACAAGCUAAGCUGAUAUUCAAGAUUUGUUCUGCUUUGAUGAAAAUGAUGGAUAGUCCGAGGUGUUUCAUGACCAUGUUCAAGUUUACUAUGGGAAUGUUGGAAAAGAACGUUAUCGCGAACAACUUCACGUUGCGUGAGUUGCUAAAGUGGUUAUGUAAUCUGACCAUGAAAUGUAUGGAUUCUGAUAAUGAGGUGGAAAAAACUCUGAACACUGUAGCAGACAAUUUGGUGCAGGUUUUAAGUGAGGAGGAGUGUUUUGCUCAGGGUGACGAGUGUAAAUAUAAAUUCGUCGAGCACGCUUCAAAGGCAACGAUUUGCGAUUUUCUGGCGUCCUUGAUUGACCGAUCACUGAUGUUGAACAACGUGAAAACUGUACCAGAGAUGGUAGAAUGGAAGUCGUUAACAUUGCUUAGCAAGCUGCUGAAGGAAAGGUUACAAGCAAUUAUGGCGAUUGCCGAUGAGCAUGUUGGGAUUUUCAAUCCUGAAGAAGCGCGGAGUUCUCGCAAGAAGAGUGUCCGCAAAGAUGAAAUAAUUUACGUGAAGUAUGUAAGAGCUCGUGAAGCACUUCAGAGUCGAAUUCUAUUGAUAUCAGAAGCACUAAAAGAGGACCGGCUUAAUUUUCAAGUGAAGAAGAAUACGAUUGGAAUGCGUGAUUUCCGUAUAAACCUGAAGGCACUAAAAACACGUGUAGUACAGAAUGAAGACGAAGAACCAAGGAGAAAGAAAAUAAAAGCAACAAAGAUGAUGGGAAGAUCAGACGAACAAGAAAACGAGGAGUCGUUGAAGAACUCUGAUGAGGAAGAUGGGAUAACGGUUGGUGACGAGUAUGAUGCCAGUGAGCAAAGUGUAAUCUACUGA